AUGGACGACAAGUCUACCAAAGUUGGUGGUCAACAGCGCUUGACAACACCUGAUGGCUUUGUCUUACCGCUUGACAUCAGGAAUGGCCUUUCAUAUCUACGAAUGCGUCCACCAACAGACCGUGAGCUGAGUAAUCCCGACAUUCCUCAUGUCGAACUCACCUCUGAUACUGAUUGGGAUCCAAGUGUAUUGGAUCACAAUUGGAAGAAUGGGCAAACUCUGUUCCCAACUGCGAUCCUGAGGAUGAAGAACGCCUGUUUGAUCUUGCAGGAGCUCUUAAGAAUAAUAAAGCUGUUACUUCUUUUAAGGAUUCUAAACUAG